AUGAAUGACAACAAACAUCAUGAAGUCGGUGAAGGCUAUGUUCCCAAAAUCAAUCAAGUGGCCCAGAACUACAUUGACGAAUUGCUGAAGGAGGAGAAACGCUUACCGAAGAACUUUCCUCUUGUGGCCGAUUUAAUAAGAUAUGCAAUUGAUCGUGUUUAUUCAACCGGUCGCAUACCCGGCAAAGAAUUCAAGGCAGAUGUUUAUGAACAAAAACCCAUUAAGAUAACUCAAGACGUCUACAUACCCGUAAAAGAAUAUCCAAAAUUUAAUUUUAAAGGAAAAAUAUUAGGACCCAAAGGUAAUACUCUCAAACGUUUACAUCAGGAGACUCUAUGUAGUAUUGCAAUCAAAGGUCGUAACUCGAUGCGUGAUCAGGAACGUGAAGAUGAAUUACGACAAUCUGGUGAUCCUGCUUUUAAUCAUUUAAAUAGAGAUCUAUAUGUAGAAAUUGGUACGAUCGCACCACCGGCAGAGGCAUAUGCCCGUUUGGCGUACGCGUUAAGGGAAAUUCGUAAAUAUAUUAUACCCGAUCGUAAUGAUGAAAUAUCACAAGAACAAUAUCGUGAACUAAUGCAAAUUGAUCCGCAAUUGGCUCGUGCGACAUAUCGUAUUAAGAGUGUGCCACAAAAAUCUAUAUUCCAAAAACUUGUUAACAUGGGAGCUAGCAGUACUGCUAGUUCGGCAGCUCAUAGUGUCGAUGAUUCCAGUGGUCAACCAAAAAGCAUUCCAUGUAGUCCAGGGAUGUUCUGUUAUGAACAUAUCAAUGACAGCAUAGUAUUUCAGUCGGUGUUUGUCUGUUCAUUUCAUUACACGCUAGCAUGUGACAAGUGGUUUAGUAUUCAGUUGAUAGGAACAAUGUAA